AGAGAACUGGGGAUGGAGGGGAAGAUUAUGCAAAGUGUAGUAAAAACUCUGACGCCAUUUACUCUGAAUAAAUAUAAAGCAACAAUCUGAGCAUUCUAAAAAUGAUGUCGCAGUGGCUUUCCAGAAAGGCAAGCUCUGGCGGAAUAUGGCUGGCUUCACAACGCUCUUCAUCUGUGGGGUGUGCGCGUUGCUUUUAUCAGCUGCACUCUAUGUUUUAAAAGUUUUUAAACAAUCAGCUUUAAAUUUGCCUCCCGGUCCUUUUCCUCUUCCGAUAAUUGGCAACUUGCAUUUGCUGGACCUCAGAAGACAAGACAAAUCACUAAUGAAGAUUUCAGAGAAAUACGGCCCCCUGUUCACCAUCCAUUUGGGUUUUCAGAAGGCAGUGGUGCUGACUGGCUACGAGGCAGUAAAGGAUGCCCUUCUGAACUCGGAUGUGUUUUCAGACAGACCAGCUAUACCCAUAUUCUAUCACAUCCAACACGGAAACGGUGUGUUCUUUUCUUCUCAAGAGCUCUGGAAGAGGACACGGCAGUUCACCCUAGCCACCAUGCGGGAUCUCGGCAUGGGGAAGCAUCUUGGAGAAGAAAGGAUGCUUGAGGAGCUUCGCUUUCUCAUUGAGUUGAUCAAAUCUUUCAAAGGUGAACCUUUCCAAUUACGAUUUUUGAAUAUGGCUCCCACCAACAUCACCUUCGCUAUCCUCUUUGGGAGCAGGUUUGAUUAUGAAGACCCAACGUUUCUCACUCUGUUAAGACUCAUAGAUGAAGUUAUGCAUCUUCUUGGCUCUCCCUUCUUGCAUAUUUUUAAUUUCUACCCAUUCCUUGGGUUUCUCCUCAAACCUCACAAGAUGAUACUGAAAAAAGUGGAAGAGGUGUGUGUGAUCUUAAAGAAGCGCAUCAAGGAAAGCAAAGAGAGUAUUAAGGGAAACAACCUGAAGAGCUACAUUGAUGCACUGGUAUUCAAACAAGAGGAGCAAAACAAAAGCAAUACACUUUUUCAUGACGCAAAUGUAUUGGCCUCUGCACUUGACCUGCUCAUGGCUGGCACUGAGACAACGUCUACAACAUUGCAAUGGGCCAUCCUUUUGCUGAUGAAGUACCCUGACAUUCAAAGAAAGGUACAUGCAGAGAUUGAGCAAGUUCUUGGCCCUGACUGCUUGCCUACAUUCGAGGACCGGAAAAAAAUGCCAUUUACCAAUGCGGUGAUCCAUGAGGUGCAGAGGUUUGUCACCCUCCUGCCACAUGUUCCACGGUGCACCUCCGUUGACACCCACUAUAAAGGCUACUUCAUCCCCAAGGGAACAACAGUGAUUCCUCUGCUCUCCUCUGUGCUGCUGGAUAAAACACAAUGGGAGACACCAGAGGAGUUCAACCCCAACCAUUUCCUUGAUGCAGAUGGGAACUUUGUCAAGAAGAAAGCAUUCCUGCCCUUCUCCACAGGUUCUCCCUUUGUCCUAUUCCAGUCAUAAGGAUAUUUUAUCUAUGUGGGAUGGGAUACUUCAGUCUCCAUAACCCUGGUGAGUAUCAAAUUGUUUGUUUUAUUGAGAUACCGUGAUUUUGUAGAGGUUACUGAGCUCAUGCCUUGAUGAUCGCUAACACCACCAAGCAGAGAUGGGUAUUUUAUCCCAUCAGAGCGUGUCAAUAAUCCAAAGACUAUCUCAGAUUGUCAAUUGAAGAGCUGGAUUCAGCACUGCACGUGUUCAUCUUAGCUUUAAGGUUUUUAAAUGUAUUUGCUUUUUCUAGAGUAAACACUGCUUUAAAGCAGUGUAGUUUUAAUUUGGAAAGCAAAACUUCUCGCUCUAAAAAUGUCAAAGCAAAUUUCUGAAGUACAGUUUGAAUUUUUCUUUAAUUUAUGCAGUUUCAUCUGGAUAAUUCCCUUUUUUUGCAAACAGCUUUGGAGUCAACAAAUUGGUGUUUUCUGAAGAAAAAACGUUCCCUGGGAAAAUUUGUGACCACUGUUACUUAACAGACCCUGUGAAAUUACAGCUUUGGGUCACCUCUAAGUGGCUCAGACUUAGGCUGAGAAGGUAAGUGUUAAAAGACUUACAAUGUAAUACUGACAGUUUUCCGCACAGGUAUUUUACAUGUAAAUUAGCUCAGAAAAAUGGUUAUCUCCUCAUCUAUUUCUUUUCCUUAUGUAGCAAUAAAUUAAUCUAUUGAUAUUAUGGUUGGGUAAUUUAAUUUUUAAUUUUUAAUCACAACUUCAGCCUCUGACCAGCAUGUAAAGCUGACCUUUGGGAUGCUCAAUGCUAAAGCCUCAGCUGAUGCAGAGGAUGGAAAAAUGAAGCAAAAAAUCUUCUGAAAUACUAUGGGAUGGAGAGUUGCCUUGGAAAACCUAUGUGGUUGUUUGUGGGGGUGAAUUUCCAACUUAAGAUUAUGCUUCUGCCUGAACUUGUUUCAAGUUGGUUCACCCAAAAGCCUCUUAGAGGGAGGCAAGGUGCAGGGGACCGAUGAUGUCCAGUAUUGUGGCACCUGCCAGUGGGGGAAAGGGAAAAACCCUACAGCUCCAAAUAGCCAAACCAGUUAGUCCAAAGUCCCUUUAAACCGUGGGGAAGGUUUGUAAAGUUGUUGGUGUUGGCCAGCCGUUCUUAUUGACAUCUUAUGGAAAUCAACCCCAGAAUUACCAUGGUGCCUUUAAAAAUCCCACUCCUCACCCUCGAACAUUUAGGAUAUGGAUGGGCUGCAAGUGCGUUAGCAAAAAUGAUGAAAAGCCAGGAGGCAAGUGAGGAAAACCAAAUAUUUUCUGUCAGCUUGGCUUCAGAAGGGUCCAAGGGGGAUGUUUAAAAGCUGGGUUCCCGGGAUGCGCAGUUAGGCUGGCAC